AUGGCUUCGGUUAAUGGGUACGAAGGAAACACUCCGGCGGCGUCAAAGCAAUCUGCGCCUCCGACUAAAACUGUUGACAGCCAAUCUGUUCUCAAAAGUUUUUGUUUUGUGGCGGUGACAUGGGUUUGUUUUUUGCAGAUGGGUGGUGACCCUGGAAUAUCGGCUUUUCCGGAAGAAGACAACAUAUUAUGUUGGAAAGGGACUAUAAAAGGAAGCAAAGAGACUGUGUUUGAAGGAACUGAGUACAGACUCUCACUCUCUUUCUCCAAUGACUAUCCUUUCAAACCCCCAAAGAUCAAGUUCCAGACUUGUUGCUUCCACCCCAAUGUUGAUCUCUAUGGAAAUAUCUGUUUAGACAUUCUCCAGAUGAGAACUACCUUCCACUUAUGUCUUUUCUUUUGUCAGGAUAAAUGGUCAUCUGCUUAUGAUGUGAGGACAAUACUACUAUCGAUUCAGAGCUUUUUGGGAGAACCGAACAUCAGCUCACCACUGAACACUCAAGCAGCACAGCUCUGGAGCAACCAAGAAGAGUAUAGGAAGAUGGUUCAGAAACUCUACAAGCCUCCAAGUGCAUGA